AUGCCUAUUGCUAUAUACCUGGCCCGUCUGCCACAUAGCCGACACGGCAGAUCUAUAUCUCCAGAUCCUGCGAGGAUCCUGCAAGGCGAGGACAUUGGGCACGGCAAGAACGGCUACUUCCUGGCUGCGUCUGGCCACGUGCACUGGAACGAUGUGUACCAGGCCAUGGCGAGCGCUCUGGCCAAGCGCAACGCGAUUGAUGACGACGUGAUCACGCAGGCGGAUGAGGACGCGAUGGCGAGAAUGGGCGAGGCGCUGGGUGUCUCGCCGUCUGCGGUGCCGGUGCUAUUGGGUGGGAUGUGUCGGUUUACAGCGGAUCAUGGGGGGCGGAUCGGUUGGACGCCAAAGUAUGGCCCCAGUCAUAUUCUGGAGGCGGCGGAUGAAGAGGUGGAGUUGAUUUUGGGCAGUCUGGAUAGCGGCGAGAAGCAGCCUAUUCGGUAG